CUGCGUACUAGGGCAGUGAGCGUAAGUCCUAACAUUUUUAAUCCGGUUCGCUGCGCCCGCGCAUCACUCGCUUACUUGCACUCAUACUACGCGCCUGUGCUCUCGUGUAUAUCGAUCGCGAUUUUUUUUUAUUCAUUAAUCAACUUUUUAAUUACUUAAACGUAUCAAAUUUAAAAUGUACAAGUCACUGGUUGUAUUGUGUGUUGCAUUCUACGUGGUGAUAGAGGCACGUCCAAAAUGGCAGAUCCUACCACCAAUGCCAGGCUACGUCCCAGUCUAUAUCAGAACAGGCGACACGCCACUCGAGGAAAUCAACCCUGACUUAGCCGAGGCUUUCCACGCGCUUCCAGCCGGCCGAAGUGCAGGGAAGGAUCUAGAAGCUUCGCCAGAAAUACCAGAACAAGCAGAUCAGCCCCAACCAGAUGUGCCAGAGAUUCCACAGCAAUCAGAGAUCAAGAAGAUUCCAGAACCCGUUGACAUAAUCGACAAACGCCCAUACGAGAAAAAAAUCUUGGAAAAAAAGAAAAAAGCCAGUUUCGAAAUUGCAAAACCCAUCGAACGUAGAUAAAGGACGCGUUAGUUUAUAAUCCCCGUAGGUACUUACGUUAAGAUGCUAGUUACUGAAUACUCAGAGAGCCCUAACUACGCUUGCCAUUCGCUUCAAUUAUUUAUUUUAUAAUGUAAACUACUUUUGUAGCAUUAAAUUAUUAUUAUUUUUA